UGGAUUCCCAGCAGAGGCUGACCGGUGCAUCUUCAUCUCCCUGACAAAAGGCGCGCGGAGGUAAACGAGAUGGCCUGGUGGAAAGCCUGGAUUGAACAGAAGGGUGUCUCGGUGAAGAGCAGUCCCCACUUCAACCCAGACCCCGACGCAGAGACCCUCUACAAAGCUAUGAAGGGGAUCGGGACCAACGAGCAGGCCAUCAUCGAUGUGCUCACGCAGAGAAGCAACGCACAGAGGCAGCAGAUCGCCAAGUCCUUCAAGGCUCAGUUUGGCAAGGAUCUCACCGAGACACUGAAGUCGGAGCUGAGCGGCAAGUUCGAGAGGCUCAUCAUAGCCCUCAUGUACCCUCCAUACAGAUACGAAGCCAAGGAGCUGUACGACGCCAUGAAGGGCUUAGGAACCAGGGAGGGCGUCGUCAUUGAAAUCCUGGCUUCUCGGACCAAGAACCAGCUGCAGGAGAUAAUGAAGGCAUAUGAGGAGGACUAUGGGUCCAGCCUGGAGGAAGACAUCCAAGCAGACACCAGCGGCUACCUGGAGAGGAUCCUGGUGUGCCUCCUGCAGGGCAGCAGAGAUGACUUGUGUGGCUUCGUGGACCCAGGACUGGCCCUGCAAGAUGCACAGGAUCUCUACACGGUGGGUGAGAAGAUUUGUGGGACUGAUGAGAUGAAAUUCAUCACCAUCCUGUGCACGCGCAGUGCCACACACCUGAUGAGAGUGUUUGAGGAAUAUGAGAAAAUCGCCAGCAAGAGCAUUGAGGACAGCAUCAAGAGUGAGACCCACGGCUCACUGGAGGAGGCCAUGCUCACAGUGGUGAAAUGCACCCGGAACCUCCACAGCUACUUUGCAGAGCGCCUCUACUAUGCCAUGAAGGGAGCAGGAACUCACGAUGGGACCCUGAUAAGAAACAUCGUUUCGAGGAGUGAGAUUGACUUAAAUCUCAUCAAGUGUCAGUUCAAGGAGAUGUACGGCAAGACCCUCAGCAGCAUGAUCAUGGAAGACACAAGCAGCGACUACAAGAAUAAUGCCCUGCUGACCCUGGUGGGCAGUGACCCCUGA